UUUCUUUGCUACUGAUCGUGUGAGAGAGCCGAAGUCAACGGGCGAUGGAGAACGAGAAGAAGGUGUGUGUCACCGGCGCUGCUGGCUUCCUGGCAUCUUGGCUCGUGAAGCGGCUCUUGGAGGAGGGAUAUCACGUUGUCGGGACUGUACGCGAGUCAGAGGAGACUUCCCACCUGUGGAAGCUUCCAGGGGCUAGUGAGAGGCUGGAGCUCAAGAGCGCCGACCUUGUCACUGAAGGCGCCUUUGACGAUAUUGUCCAAGGCUGCCAUGGAGUUUUCCAUGUUGCGGCUGCCGUGUCUGUGAUCUACAAGAAGGAUCCGCAGACUGAGAUUGUGGAUCCAUGCCUGCUUGGAACUCUUAACGUGCUCAAUGCUUGCAAAAGAUCCACGACAGUCAAGCGAGUGGUGUGCACGUCAUCCGUAGGUGCUGUUCGUGUAAGGGACGGCUUCAAGCCCAAUGACGUCUUGGAUGAGUCGGUGUGGAGCUCCCUAGACUACUGCCGUGAGCUUGAGAUGUGGUAUCCUCUGGGAAAGACUCUAGGCGAGCAAGCAGCACUCGAGUUUGGGAAAGACAACGGCCUAGAUGUGAUCACAAUCUCUCCCAGCUUAAUCGUUGGAGAACUUCUCUCGUCCAGCGCCACCACAAGUACUGCCGACAUUGUCCGAAUGCUCAAAGGAGACAAGCGGUGGUUCGAUCAUGGUGGAUACGUCCAUCUCGACGACGUUGCUCAAGCUCACCUCCUUGCCUAUACAAAUCCCAAUGCUAGUGGAAGAUACGUUUGUUCUGCGAUCAACAUGAGUGCUAUCGAGCUCGCCAGCUUCAUGUCCAAGCGUUAUCCCAAGCUCCCAAUCGCCUCCACCGACGAGAUCGAGGUUGUCUUUCCGGCAAAUUUCAAGGGAUUCAGCUCCAGAAAGCUUCAAGACGAUCUUGGGCUCCAAUUCAAGUCACUGGAGCAAAUGUUUGACGAUUGCAUUGCGAGCUUGGAUCGCAAAGGCCUCUUAACUUGAAUUAGAGGGUUUACAUAACACGAACACAC